AUGGGGUUUCGGGAGCUUCCUGAGGAGGAAGAAGAGGAGCAGGAACCGGUUCUCAAGACGGAACUUUGUCGUUUCAGUGGCCAUAACAUUUACCCAGGAAGAGGAAUUAGAUUUAUCCCAUCUGAUUCUCAGUAUAAAAACGAUAUAACUUUUGCUGCAACCAUUCAAAUUAUCAAUAAAACUAAAGUCAAGAUGAUAAAAAUGCAAUGUUCAUCUCAAAAACCCAGCACACAGCUCGCUGGUCAAAAUCUUGUGUUCAUUGCUAGAGCAGACUUGUUCACGGGAAUAUAUCCGUAA